AUGGAAGGCUCCUCAAGGGAUAUCAAGGACGAUCCCGACCUCGAGGUCGGUCCUGAACCACCCAAGCCAACAGUUGCUGGCAAUGGAUCAGGAAAUCCGCCCAGCCCUCAGACCGCUGCUGCGGCUCUCAAGAAGGACAGAGCACGCGUGAGGUUUAACAGCAAUGCUGCUGCCAAUCCUCCACCAACAUCCACCAAUCCUCCUUCCACUCCUCAAGCUCCAGGCGUUACCAGACCUAGACCUUCACUCUUACGCGGACCCUCUGCAGAAGCUGUCAAGACUCUCUCAGAUGCCAAAGAUGGCGACGAUGACUCGGAUCCUGAAUCAAAGGAGGCCAUGGUCGCUGCACGAGAACGUGCUCGUAUCAUGGCUGACAACAUUCACAGAGAUUCAUCUGCUAUCGACCGAGACUCACUAGAGUCCAGCGCUGCCGGAACACCAGGCUACGACAGCCCGUUCAGUAUUCCCCUCCAGGAUCUCACCGAAGCAGGCACCAGCAAGGACGGUUUCCACAAGCUCCCCUCUGAAGAUAAAGAGGGGCAUGGUUUGAAAGAUGAGGCUUUCAAGCUCGUCCGAGCACACACCAUGCGUUUCGGACCCAGCGCCGGCAGUGGUUCGGACUCGCCUGAAGAUAAGGAAGGCAAGGGCAAGGGAAAACAGCAUGAAGAGAGAACUUUGACCGAAUUAAACGACGGAAACUUUGAUGGAGUUCUAUACGAUGUGCCUGCACCCGAACAGUACCGCGGAAGCGUUCUGUCACAGCUUCUGAAGCUUUACAAGCCCCCAGAGCCAUCUUUCAAGGGCACACACCACCGAGCCGCGUCUACUUCCUCUGUCAUCAGUGAUGGCACUCCUACCGUUCAGGGCACGCCAUCUGGAGCCUCCACGCCCAGACGAAAGUGGUACGAGGCAAACAAAUCACAGGAUACGCUCGCAAACCUUAUCGAGGCUUCUUCGCGACUUGCCAAUCCCGUUGAUGCAGCAGGUGGAGACAAGGACAAGGACAAGGACAAGACGAAGAAGAAUGGAAAGAAACCACAGCGACCAGCCAACCGACGAACUCAAAGUGCGAACCGACUCAGCGGGUUGUGGCAGCAACAAGAAGCACGUAUCACUGUUCACAUCGCCGAGACUUUGGCCCGACAGGAUUACAUCAUCAAACUAUGCCGUGCUCUGAUGCUAUUCGGAGCUCCCACCCAUCGAUUGGAGGAGUAUCUCAGCAUGACAGCCAGAGUUCUUGAGAUUGAUGGCCAGUUCCUCUACCUACCAGGAUGCAUGAUCAUCUCUUUCGACGACAAGUCAACCCACACGACUGAAGUCAGAAUUGUCCGUACUGGACAGGGCAUUGAUCUUGGUAAACUCAAGGACGUCCAUCUCAUCUACAAGGAAGUCAUGCACGACGUCUGUGGCGUUGAGGAAGCGACUGAGAAGCUCGAGAACCUGAUGAAGCGCAAGGACAAGUUCCACAAGUGGCUCCGAGUUGUCAUGUUUGGACUCAUGAGUGCUACCGCUGCUCCCUUCUCGUUUGGCGCCCGUCUGAUUGAUCUUCCCCUCAUCUUCGCUUUUGGUUGUCUUAUUGGACUGCUGCAGCUCAUUGUGGCACCCAACUCUGCUCUCUACAGCAACGUCUUCGAAGUGUCUUCCACCGUUCUUGUUAGUUUCUUGGCCAGAACGUUUGGUAGUAUCAAAAAGGACGGCGAAGAAAUCUUUUGCUUUGGUGCAUUGGCACAGGGUGGUAUCGUCAUGUUGCUGCCCGGUUACAUGGUUUUGUGCUCCGCCCUCGAACUCCAGUCCCGCGCUAUCGUCCCUGGCUCGAUUCGAAUUGUAUACGCCGUCAUCUACUCCCUCUUCCUCGGGUUCGGUAUCACCGUCGGUUCCGCUCUUUACGGAUUGUUCAACUCGGCCCCAUCAAACACGACACAGUGUGCCGAUGCUAUGAACCCUUACUACGCAUUCCUCUUCGUUCCUCCCUUCGUCGUCAGCCUGUGCAUCAUCUACCAAGCGAAGUGGCGCCAGAUGCCCGUCAUGGUCAUUGUCUCUUUCGCCGGAUACAUGGUGAACUACUGGUCAGCCCAGAAGUUCAUCUCCAGCCCUCAGAUCUCUAGCACUCUCGGUGCAUUUGCUGUCGGUCUGCUUGCCAACCUCUACUCUCGAAUUCGACACGGUGUUGCAGCUGCGAUUCUUAUCCCCGCUGUAUUCUGCCAAGUGCCAGGAAGUCUUGCGUCCACGGGAGGGCUGCUCAGCGGUUUGAAGGUUGCCAACGCCAUUACCAACGCAACUGGUGAGGUCGAAGGAACAUCUUCCGUGCAGUUUACACCGGGCUUGAGCCCAGACAACCUGGUGUUCAGUGUCGCUGCCUCCAUGAUCCAGAUUGCCAUCGGUAUUGCCGUUGGUCUCUUCAUGAGUUCACUGCUCAUCUACCCUCUGGGUAAGCGUCGCAGUGCUCUUUUCAGUUUCUAG